GCCUCUUCCGGCCCGCCACGGUACCUCCUCGUGUGCCUUAAAGGAACUGCUGGCUGCAGCUGUUUCAACUCCGGGGAUUCGGGGCUGGCCAGGUCAGAUGGCGGCGGAGGUGUUUCCAAGUGCGAGGUGGCAGUACUGUGGGGAGCCCGACGACAGCCAGAGCGCUCUGCUGGUCCAGUUCUCCAAUGGGAGGCUGCAGAAUCCAGGCAACAUGCGCUUUACCUUGUACAAAAGCAACGACUCCACAAACCCCAGAAAGAGGAAUCAGCGGAUCCUGGCAGCUGAAACAGACAGACUUUCCUACGUGGGAAACAAUUUUGGUACUGGAGCUCUCAAAUGCAAUACUCUAUGCAGGCACUUUGUGGGAAUUUUGAACAAGACUUCUGGCCAGAUGGAAGUAUAUGAUGCUGAGUUGUUCAACAUGCAGCCACUAUUUUCAGAUGAAUCAGUUGAGAGUGAAUCAACACUGGAGAGUCAAGCCAAAUCGUUCAGAGAAAAGAUGGACUCUUGCAUUGAAGCCUUUGGUACCACCAAACAGAAGCGAGCUCUGAACUCCAGGAGAAUGAACAAAGUUGGCAGCGAAUCUUUGAAUCGUGCAGUGUCUAAAGCCGCAGAGAAUAUAAUUGAUACAAAGGGUGUGACUGCCCUGGUCAGUGACGCCCUCCACGAUGACUUGCAGGAUGACUCUAUCUAUCUUCCUCCCUGCCACACCGAUGCAGCCAAGCCUGAAGACGUGUAUAAGUUUGAAGACCUUCUUUCCCCUGUGGAGUAUGAUGCUCUGCAGAGCCCAUCUGAAGCUUUCAGGAAUGUCACCUCAGAAGAAAUACUGAAGAUGAUUGAAGAGAACAGUCACUGCCCCUCUGUCAUAGAAGCACUGAAGUCUCUGCCCUCAAAUGAGGAGAGCCGAGACCGCCAGGCACGGUGCGUUUGGUACCUGGACACCCUCAUCAGAUUUCGAGCGCAGAAGGUGAUUAAGCGGAAAAGUGCCCUGGGACCUGGAGUCCCCCACAUCAUCAACACCAAACUACUAAAGCAAUUCACCUGCUUGACCUACAACAACGGCAGUUUGCGGAACUUAAUUUCAGACUCUAUGAAGGCAAAGGUCACCGCCUAUGUGAUCGUACUGGCCUUGCACAUCAAUGGCUUCCAGAUUGACCUGACGAUGUUACAGAGGGACCUGAAGCUCAGUGAGAGAAGGAUGAUGGAGAUAGCUAAAGCCAUGAGGCUGAAGAUCUCCAAAAGAAAGGUUUCCCUGGCAGCAGGCGGGGAGGAGGAGCACAGACUGGGCACUCUGUCCAUCCCGCUGCCUCCAGCCCAGACCUUGGACCGUCAGUCAAAGCGAAGGAAAAUCACCUAGAGGUGUGCUUUCCAGACACAACAUUUGGCCAUUCCUUCUAUUCAUUUGCAUUUUUAUUUUUAAAGAAAGAGGAUUAAAGAAGAAGCCUUGCUUUGGCAUGGGUAUGAAGCCAGACGCCAGCCCCUCAGUUGUGCUGGUCUGAAGCAGAAGCAUAAAGCAACACCCUGUUGGAUUCCACCUCUCUGCUUUGGUGUCACCAUGACUAUAAAUGGCAGAUGGUUCAUGUGUGGGAUGUGGGAGGGUCGGAGGCAAAAGAUCUUACAGGCUGAACUGUGGGCCACAUCUAAUGGAUAAAGGCUAACAUUAAGAGAAAUGUGAAAUGCUGUGCUUAGGUCUAGGAGGGCUGGUGGCGUCCGUGGUGAGGACAAAGCCCAGCAGGGCUGGGAGAGGAGGCUUCAGGUCACCAGUGUGAUGGGGUUGCCCAAACAGGCUAAUUUAGUUCUGGGCUGCUGAAACAGAGCAGAGCCAAGUCAGAGGAAGUGAUUAAAUCAGUUGUUCAGCUUGACUCAGGCCACACACAGGGCAGGGGUGAGCUCUGAAAGCCGGUGAAUUGGUCAGAGCUCAGUACAGAAAACAAAUGGUCCAGAUGUUCUUAAGGAGAAAGGUGUUUAAUGGUACAAAAUUAUUAAAAAGUUGCAGGAGCUGGUAUCAGGAAGUUGCUGCUAGAACUGCUGAGUUCAAGAACACAGCUUGGGUGGCCAGCCAGGCAUGAAGAAGCCACUUGAAUUCAUGAAGCUUCUUGAAUUCAGCUGCUUCCUGAUUUCAUGAAGCUGGUAACUUGACACUGGAAUGCUGGUUCAGCCACCCAUGCUUUCAGUAUCCAGGCUUGUUAGCAUGGACAGCCCAAAGAUCAAGAGGCUGGCCUCCAUCUUGCUUCCUUCCUCUGUGAGUACACACGUAGGGAUCUCAUUUCAUCUGGGAUCCUCACAGUGAGGGUGUCUUAGAAAUAGGUUUCAGCUCUCCAGCCUCUAGUUACAGGAAGCCAUACCAGAAGCAGAUGGGAAGGGCUGCUUCCUGCCACCCAUCUUAUCUGCCAGGGGACUGGAGAAGUGGUGUCCAGAGGGUUGCUGUGAGGAACGGGACUGUGAUGCAGAGACUCGGGUAUAUGGCUGAUGCUCAGACUCAGCCCUUCAAGGAUCUCCUGAGGCAGCGGGAGCAGUGCAGUGUGUGGGGCUCGUGCUGGGGGCCGGGGACAGUGGAAGAAGGAAGAGAGAGCCCAGCUCUCUCUGGAAAUGAGAAAGGAAGCCAGGCCAUCUGUUAGGGAACACAUGGUAGAAAUGGGCUCGGAUGAUUCGUUCAGGGCAUGUAAUCCUUGUAUUUCUUCGAGUACCGGGGUGCGGUUGUCAGAGCCACUUCUAAUGCACGGCCAGGCCUGAAGUGCCCAUUUUCCAUGUUCUUGUCUGGUUUGUCCCCGUUUGUGUCUGAUCCUGGGAAGCGGGCACUUCCCUCCAGCAGAGGUGUGAGCAGGAAAUCUAAAUGCCUGUUGUUUUUCUUUAUCUAAGCUGUUGCAAAAAUCAGGUAUGUGACUUUGCAUCAGAAAAAAUAAUAAUACUGAUCUGACUCUGGGAAAA